AUGCCAAGAAACCCCACCGGUGAGCGAUCGCUGUUGGUUUGGGACUCCUUUCAUGCUCAUCUUACUGAGUCAGUGAAAGAAGCAUUGCAGUGGCGAAGUAUCGAUGUAGCUGUUAUUCCCGGUGGCCUAACUCCAGUUCUCCAGCCCUUAGACAAGUGUCUAAAUAAGCCCUUCAAGGAGAAUAUGAGAAGAAAGUACCUGUCGUGGAUGGUAACUGGCCCCUUCGAGUUUACUCCUGCUGGGAAAAAGAAAGCGCCAUCAAGAAACCUUGUUCUACGUUGGAUAAAGCAGUCUUGGAGGGAGAUCCCGGAGGAGAUGGUGAGGAAAUCAUUUCUUACUUGCGGCAUCUCCAAUGCGCUUGAUGGCACCGAGGAUGACGCCCUCUAUGAAGAGGAGCAAGACAAUGACGCCAAAGAAGAUGAGAUGGAUGAAGAAUUUGAUAUGGAAAGCGAAGAUGAGCCAUAA